AUGGCGACCUCCAUGAUCAAUCCACAGCCUGUCCCGGAGCCGCCAACGUCGACCUACGUACCAUUCAAGUCGCAGCCCUCAAUUCUCGAGGAGGUCGCCGCAAACCAACAACUCCUUCGUGACCGUCUCGCUGGAGCCCUUUUCCGACCACCGCCAAACGUACCAGCUGAAUCGCUUCCCUCGGUCCCAUUGAUCGACCUUGGGCCCUCGUUUAACGGGACACUCGAAUCCCGCAAGGCAGUCGCGGCACAAAUCCGCGAUGCAUGCGUCACGACUGGAUUCUUCCAAAUCAGCAACCACGGCAUCAGCUCUGAAGCCAUGGCCGGUGUUCUCAAGCAAGCAGAACGCUAUUUCAAGGAGCUGACGCCGGAGCAGAAGGAAGCCAUGCACGUCAAGCUGUCCCCUCUGUUCCGCGGCUACGAGCCGCACGACUUCUCCUACGUCAACCCGGACGACGAAGGCUCCCAGCAGGAAACCAAGGAGUGUUUCAACUGGGGCUACGAAUCUGCCUUUGACCCGACGGGCGGUGACGGCCAAUACCGUGAGGUCGACGGCUCAGUGCCCGCCGGCGAACAUUGCGGCAACGUCUGGCCCUACGAGAAGGAUCUGCCGGGCUUCUACGACGCCAUCAAGCUGUACUACAGCCAGGUGAUGACCUGCUCGCGACACCUGAUCCGACUGUUUGCCCUUUCGCUGGACCUGGACGAGGACUACUUUGACCCGCUGGUCACCCACCCCGGCGGCAUCGCGAGACUGCUCUACUACAAGAGCACCCCCGAGCCUGAAAAUGCGCAGCAAAAGUCCGAGGAAGAGCUCGAGAAGGAGGCCAAGCUCGGCCUCGGCGCCCACACGGACUACGAAUGCUUCACGAUGCUUCUCAACUCCGCGAACCCGGGUCUUGAGAUCCUGUUCCCGCCGACCCCCCUCACGGGCAACAAGCCCAUCUGGAGACCGUGCCCCGUCCGUCCCGGUACGCUCACGGUGAACAUCGCCGACUUCUUCAUGCGCUGGACCAAUGGACUGUACAAGUCGACCAUCCACCGGGUGGUGAGCAAGCCCGGGGGCGGUGAGAGAUACUCGGUACCAUAUUUCUUCAGUAUAAAUUACGACAGCGACGUUGACCCGCUCCCCGAGAAGGCUGUGGGCCAGAGCCAAUUCCAGCCGAUGAAGGCCGGAGAGUAUGUGUUGGAGAGAUUAAGGGCCACCGUUCCACAGACGAAAUGA